AUGGGCUUAUUCGUAAGAAAGUAUAAUAGAUAUCUACGCAAAAAUGAAAUCCAACAUUCGGAAAAGAACCUCGUCGACUAUAGACGUCAAGCUAAACCAAACAAGCAAGAUGAAAGUAAGAAAUCUAAGUCAAAAGGAUCAUGCUACAAUUAUGGCAAACCCGGUCACUACAAGCUGGAUUGUCCAUGGCUCAAGAAAGACAAGGCAAAGAAUAAAUUUCAAAGGAAAUCAACUAAAGCUACGAGAGCAUACAUCGCUUGGGAAAGCGAUAGUGAAUCUUCAAGAAAAGGAAAUUUUAUUGAUGAAGAAGAGACAGUCAAUCUAUGUCUUAUGGCCCAUCAAAAGAAGAAAAAGAAUGUAAGUCACUCUAAAUACGAUAAUUUUGAUAAAAUGCCUUAUUUUGAGUUACAAAAAGCCUUUGAUACUCUACAUGAUGAAGCCAAGGAAGCUUUCAAACGCUUGGCUUCAAAUAAGAAAAUAUUUUCAAACCUUGAGAAAAAGGUUUCCGAAUCCGAAAAGGAUUUAGAAACUCUCAAGAAGUCUAUGAUAGAGGCUAUCAAAGGAAAAAGCGAUAAUGACAAUGAUUUUUGGUUUAAAUGGGCUGGAUGUGAAACUUUUCACAGUUGGCAAAGAGAGGUUAGUGUAAAAGAGAUCUUCAAGUUGGUGAUUGAGCGCGUCUGGAAGAAAUUGAAAGGAUGGAAGGAGGGUUUCCUGUCACGGGCAGGUAAGGAGGUAUUGAUCAAAGCUGUUGCACAGGCUAUCCCGACGUACGUGAUGAGUUGUUUCAAGCUUCCGGAAGGAGUGUGCCACGAAAUUGAAGCUUUAAUGGCGAAGUUCUGGUGGGGGGCUCGCGAAGGAGUUAGAAAACUACACUGGAUGCGAUGGGAGAAAAUGUCUUUGUCUAAGAGGAAAGGAGGAAUGGGAUUUAGGGGGAUCUCAGAGUUCAACCAAAGCCUGCUUGGGAAACAUUUCUGGAGGUUAUCGCAAGGAGAGGCAACAUUGCUGGGGCAGGUUCUUAAGAGUAAAUAUUAUCCCAAUAGGACUAUUAAAGAUGCUAGCUUGGGGUACUCCCCAAGUUAUAACUGGCGGAGUAUUCUCGGAGCAAGAGAAUUGGUUUUGGAUGGAGCUAGAUGGAGAAUUGGGGAUGGCCGCUCGGUUAAAAUCUGGAGUGAUAACUGGAUUCCCUUUAAUUCGGGAUUUAAAGUGAUGGGGCCUGUGAGGGGAUUACAGCCGGAUGCGUUGGUUUCAGAACUCAUAGACGAGGAUCUUUGCUGCUGGAAACAAUCACUUCUAAAUGAGUGUUUUGAUCAUUAUGAAGGGAGACAAAUUGGUGGAAUACCGUUGCCUAGGAAUGGAGAUAGAGAUAAAAUGAUUUGGCAUUGGGAGAAAGACGGGAAUUACUCUGUACGCACAGCUUACCAUUUGCUGGUAUCUAAGAGGGACGCUGCAAAGGUAGGAACCUCUGGCACUGCGGAUGAGUCACUUUGGAAACUUCUGUGGAAAGCACCAGUCCAUGUCAGGAUCAAAAACUUCCUAUGGAGACUAUGUCAUAACAUUCUGCCGCUUAGAACGAACCUCCUCAAAAAAGGUAUACACAUUGACCCUUCCUGCCCGUUUUGUGAUAGAUCCCCGGAGACCCUUGAUCAUUUAUUCUGCCACUGUGAUGUAACAAAAAUGAUUUGGUUCUCCUCCCCCCUUGGCUUGCGUCUCGAUCCUACCGCUGAUCCGCUCAUGGUGCUUACUAAAGGAUUAUCGGACAGGAACUUGUUUGUCAACCAACUGAUGUGCACCAUGCUUUGGCAAAUCUGGAAGGCUAGGAACAAAUGUGUCUUUGAAGGUGUCACGGUUUCCCCCCCGAAAGUGGUAAGCGACUCUGUUAACUAUCUGGCUGAAUUUAAUUGUUUUAUUCCCCAAGAUAGGCGCUUGCAACAGACUGAGAAUGCAGCACCCAGAGAAUGUCCUGUUGAUGUUUUCCUGGUGCAAGUGGAUGCUGGCUGUUUCAACGACGGGACGGUGGCCAUGGGUUGUGUGAUCAAGAAACAUAAUGAUGAGGUGAUAGUUGCUGCCUCUAAGAGGAUGGAGGUGUCGGUGAGCCCAAGCACUGCGGAGGCGAUGGCUAUUCGUUGGGGCCUCCAAGUGGCCCGUGACCUCAAGCUGCAGAAAAUUGUGGUACAGUCAGAUGCCUUGGUAGUGGUGGAUUGUGUUAACAAAAUGGAUUUCUCGGUUGUUCUUGAGCCGAUAGUGUUAGACUGUAGUGAGAUUAAACUUUAUUUUGAUGUUGUAACUGUUAUGUAUGUGUCUAGGAAUUUCAAUACUGAUGCACACCAUAUGGUGAGUAUUGGCAAAACUGCUGGUUGUAGAACUUGGCUGGGCUUUAUCCCCAAGCUUGACUCUGUUUGUACUCAUUUGCCUAUGAUGGGCUCUUAA